ACUGCCUUUCUAUUUUAUUUUUUACUCUCAUUCUUAUUCUAUCGCACAUGUGUGUAGUGUGAAUUGGGGACCUAUGGAACGUCGUUUCGAAUCUGUUUGCUUAAUCAUUCCGUGGGCUACUAAAAUCGAAAUAACUUAAUCUCGAUAAAGAAAUGGGAAACCGAUUGAGUAGUUACGUGCGAAUUUCGAUUAUGGUUCCAGGAAUUGGGUCAUUGGAUGACAGUCACUGAUAUUUCGAGGAUAGAGAAUUAAAGAUCAACCAGAACUGGACAGUUCUGACUUACCUGAGAAUAGUUAGUGUAUUUAGCUGUGAGUUUUAAAUUAAGGAUAACAACGAGGGUGCUUUUUCUUAAGUUCGGAACAAACACGUGGAAUGCUGUUUGGCUCGGGGGCUGGUACUUUAGUGAGUAAAAAGGUUGUCUUAUUUAUUCAUUUUGUGUGUGCGAUGGAAGCAUACUGUAGGCCGGCAGUUUUGCAAGUAUAGUAGGCAAUGCCAACCUGUUUCCAGAGCCACAUGCAUUUGUUGGCAGGUAACUCAAGAAGGUUCCGUAAGUCUUUAUAAUUUGCACUUGUUAUAUUCAAGGUGUUCCUUCAUAAAUCCUGCAAUAUCUUUCAUGUCCUACAAUAUGUACAGCUCGCUGUCUUGACUACUCAGGAAUCAGGAUGUCGAUCCUUUUGACACUGUAUCUUUCAUUCCAUCAUUUGAAGGACCGGGGCACUGGGCAUGGUUUUUUAGCUCUCUAUUUUCCACACUGGUUUUCAGCUCAUUCAUCAUGCCUACACUUUUCUUUCUCACGAAAGCAAGAUACUGAAACCAGAAGGUGCUUCUACAGGAUCAGUAGAAGCAAAUUUGCAGUGGCAGCCAUCACUGUAGACGAUUAUCUUCCGAUGAAAAGUACUGAAGUGAAAAAUCGGACUUCAGCUGAUGGUAUCAAAUGCCUCAGGCUAAUCACAGCAGUCAAAACCCCUUAUUUGCCAGAUGGAAGAUUUGAUCUUGAAGCAUAUGAUUCUUUGAUAAACACGCAAAUAGACGGUGGCGCUGAAGGUGUAAUAGUUGGAGGAACAACAGGAGAGGGUCACCUUAUGAGCUGGGAUGAACACAUCAUGCUAAUAGGGCAUACUGUUAACUGCUUUGGCACUAAUAUUAAAGUGAUAGGCAACACAGGAAGUAACUCAACUAGAGAAGCUGUCCACGCGACAGAGCAGGGAUUUGCUGUUGGCAUGCAUGCAGCUCUCCAUGUGAAUCCUUACUACGGGAAGACCUCGACCGAAGGAUUAAUCUCCCAUUUCGAGGCUGUUCUCCCGAUGGGUCCAACCAUCAUUUACAAUGUGCCAUCCAGGACUGGUCAGGACAUACCUCCUCCAGUCAUUGAGGCAAUUUCACGUUAUUCAAACAUGGCAGGAGUGAAAGAGUGUGUUGGACAUGAGAGGGUUAAGUGCUACACUGACAAAGGCAUAACAAUAUGGAGUGGUAAUGAUGAUGAAUGCCAUGAUUCUAGGUGGAAAUAUGGUGCAACUGGAGUUAUUUCUGUAGCUAGCAACCUUGUUCCUGGUCUCAUGCACAACCUGAUGUAUGAAGGGGAAAAUGUGAUGCUAAAUGAGAAGUUACUGCCUCUGAUGCAAUGGUUAUUUUGCCAGCCCAAUCCGAUUGGUCUCAACACUGCCCUGGCUCAGCUCGGCGUAGUGAGGCCUGUUUUCAGAUUACCAUAUGUUCCUCUUCCUGUUGAAAAGAGGGUUGAGUUUGUCCGGAUCGUCGAAGCUAUUGGACGAGAGAACUUUGUGGGAGAAAAAGAGGUUCGUGUCCUGGAUGACGAUGACUUCGUGUUGAUCAGUAGGUAUUAGUAAGCAACUUCAUUGUGUCCAAUGAUGGUGACGAAGAGCAGUAGUGUUUCAGUAUGGUUAUUUGCAGUUCUCCUUUUAGACACUUCUUUUGUUCACACCUUCACGCCUUUCUUCUUCUCUGUGAUUGUAAGUCUAUUUGGAACCCCUAUGGUUUCUUUUGCACCUUAUAAUGCCAGGCCCAGGUCCAAGGAGAAUAAGCAUGUACAGCUUUCUUGUGAUCCA